CUUUCAUUUUUUUUGUUUGUUUUGUUUUUAUUUUGACAACUUUUUGUAUUUAUUUUGUUUCUAAUUAAUUUAAUUUAAAUUGAUUACAUUUUAACUGUUAAAUUUAUUCUAAUUACAGUUUUAAUUAGAUUCUGAAAUGUAACAGAAAGUAAUAAGUUAUCUCUCCGUGUAUUUCAUCAGAUUGAGGAUUCGUUGGUUAUAAUUAUACAAUAUCAUUGGAAAUACAAUCAAAUUUGAAACAAAGAUGAAAGGACUAUUAAGAGGAUCCAAGUGUAAAAUGAUGUCAAUUGAGGUGAUCACCAUGGACGCUCAAUUAGAUUUUGAUAUAUUACAUAAGGCAACGGGUGGUGAUCUAUUUGAAUUGGUCACUCGUACCUUGGGUGCAAGAGAAACGUGUUUCUUUGGCCUUCAAUAUUUAGAUGUUAAAGGUUAUAUUGCUUGGUUAAAAAUGGAUAAGCGAAUAUGUGAUCAAGAAAAUAGAUUAACGUACAAACCUUAUUAUUCAUCAAAUUCAUCUUCUUCAUCGAGUCUUUCAUUAUACAAGAAUAAAUCAGUGCCUCAAAUGUCAUUUCUUUUUCUUGCCAAAUUUUACCCUGAAGAUGUUGCUGAAGAAUUAAUCCAAGAAAUUACUCAACAUCUUUUCUUUCUACAAGUUAAACAAGCAAUUCUCAAUGAGGAUAUUUACUGUCCACCAGAAGCUUCCGUUUUAUUGGCCAGUUACGCUGUUCAGGCCAAAUAUGGUGAUUAUGAUGAGGCCAAUUACAAACCUGGUAUGUUAGCUGAUGCUGAAGAUUUAUUACCUCAACGGGUUAUCGAUCAAUAUCAGAUGACAUCGGAAAUGUGGGAGGAAAGGAUUAGAGUUUGGUAUGCCGAUCAUAGAGGAAUGGGCAGAGAUGAAGCGGAAAUGGAAUAUUUGAAAAUAGCUCAAGAUCUUGACAUGUAUGGUGUUAAUUAUUUUCCAAUAAGUAAUAAGAAAGAAUCUGAACUUUGGUUAGGUGUUACUGCCAUGGGAUUGAACAUCUAUGAAAAGGAUAAUAAACUAACACCCAAGAUUACAUUUCCAUGGAAUGAGAUUCGUAAUAUUUCAUAUGAUGAUAAAAAGUUUACCAUUAAACCUGUUGACAAGAAUGCGCCGCUUUUUCAUUUCUACUCUUCGAAGACUCGAAUGAACAAACUAAUCUUAGAUUUGUGUAUUGGGAAUCAUGAUCUCUAUAUGAAAAGACGUCGUCCAGAUACCAUGGAAAUGCAACAGAUGAAAGCGCAGGCCAAGGAGGAGAAACUAAGAAGACAAAGUGAAAGGUCAAAAUUUAUCAAAGAGAAACAGUUACGAGAAGAAGCCGAAAGAGAUAAACGGGAACUUCAGCAAAGAUUAUUCCAAUAUCAGGAAGAAGCUCGAGUUGCUCAGGAAGCACUGAGAAGAUCAGAAGAAACUGUUGAACUUUUGGCGGAAAAGGCUCGUUUAGCCGAAGAAGAUGCCAUCAUUUUAUCGCAAAAAGCGGCAGAAACUGAGGCCGAAGUUCAAAGAGUGAAAAUAAAUGCCCUUAACGCAGAAGAGGAGAAGAUGCUUAUGGAAAGAAAAGCCGCUGAAGCUGAAUUUCUGGCCACCACAAUGGUCGAAGAAAGUGAAAGGAGAACAAAAGAAGCGGAACAAUUAAGGGAAGAAUUGUUGAAAGCUAAAUUAUCUGAACGAGAAUCGAAAGAAAAAUUAUUCAGCAUCUUGGGACUACCCUCACGGAAUCAAUCUCUUGAUUCGACCACAAUCUACAUAAAUGGAUCUCAUCAAUUAAAUGAUACAAAAUGUUCUAAAUCAUCAUCAAUAAUCAACGGAGGUUCUGGUCAAAUCAAUUCAAAUUCACUGUAUAUUACCAAUAAUCUAGAUACUUUGGAUUAUCAUCAUAAUUCAGUUUGUCAAAGUAAAUUGAAAGAAAUGACCAUUUACGAUGUUGCGGUCAACGAUAUUUAUCCAAUCAUUGUAAAUCCAACCAGUUUAUCACCACCACCACCGCCACUACCACCCUGUACAAACAGCUCUUUCCAGGCAUUAACUUUAUCCAAUAAUCCGACUCUCAGCCCAAUACCAACUUCAAGUACCAUUGUACCUCCUCCUGGAGUCGGAGUUCUGGUUAACCGACCAGAAAACGUGAUUAAUAUACUUACCAGUCCAACCACAAGUGACCUUAUUAACGAUACCGAUGUUGAUAAAUUGGUUCUUGAAAUCGAGAAAGAAAGGUUGGAAUAUUUAAAGAAAAGUCGACAUCUUAAUGAACAAUUAAAAGAUCUUAAAUCAGAGAUUGAAGUUCUUAAAGUUGAAGAUCGAUUAACAACAAUGGAUCGAAUUCACGAAGAAAAUUCAACUCGAGGUGAUAACAAAUAUUCAACAUUAAAACGAACCAAAUCUGGAACAACGAAAGCUCGUGUUGCCUUUUUCGAAGAUCUUUGAAAACUUAUUCUUCUCACGAAUUGUAAAUCUUUUUAUACUUUGCCAAACAAUCAACUAAUUAUGAUAAUCUAAAGCUUAACUGCUUCGAAAACUAUUAGGAUUGAAUUACCUUUGGUUAAUCAAUUAAUCCAAAUUAGAAACCAAGACUUUGUCUAUAAAUCUGAAACCUGUGACUGGCACAUAUACACACACACACCAACCUAUUGAAUGAACAAUUAACAAAUUAUUAGAUGAAAAUCUCUAAUUAUUUAUAUUUCUAAAUGUAUUUACCUUUUUUUUGACAAAAACAAUUAGUUUGAUCAAUAGAUUAUCCAUUCAAACAAUAA